AUGUUCUUUCUUCAUACGCAUUCCUGCGAAUGUUUAAAGAGCGAUCUCUUCACCCUGCCGUCUACACAAACCAGUAUUGAGAGUUCACAAUGGAUUCACUACAAACCCGUGUUUUCUCUCACGGAUGACACGCCCGUCGAAUUCGUCGUAUUCGGGCAUGGAGAAGAAUACAUAGAUAUUGCUCACACCAUGCUGUCGCUACGCAUACGAAUAGAAACGGAAACCGGAGCAGGAGCUGCCGCCGCAAAAAUAGGCUCAGUAAACCAUAUAUUGCAUUCGAUGUUCAAUCAAAUCGACGUAUAUUUCAAUCAAAAGCUCGUGUCUCCUCCAAACACUUACGCUUACCGCGCUUACAUAGAGGCGUUAUUAAAUUAUGCUUCACCAGUAAAAACCUCCCACCUGGCUUCGUGCCUGUGGUACAGCGAUACUGCAGGGAACAUGGACGCUCUACUUGGAGCGACACCAAGCAAUCAUGGACUCGACAAGCGAGCCACUUUUGUACAAGGAGGGCGAACACUGGAUCUCAUAGGUCAUCUUCACUGCGACGUCUUCGAUCAAGAUAAAUUCUUGAUCAACGGUGUCGAAGUGCACAUGAGGCUUGUUCGUUCGAAAGAUUCCUUCUGUCUUAUGGAGGGAAAUACUAUGUCACGGAUACGCAUUUUAGAUGCUACACUACUCAUCAGAAGAACUAGAAUAAAUCCAGGCAUAUUACUCGUUCAUACGAAAAUGUUGACCAGGACUAUUGCUAAAUACCUCCUCACGAGAGUCGAGGUUAAAUCAUUCAUGAUUCAUAGCGGCGUCGUAGGAGAGAUACUGGACAACGUCAUUCUUGGACAAAUACCAAAGCGCAUAAUUGUCAGCUUUGUCGAUAAGAAAGCGUUUAACGGUACCCGGCUUUUAAAUCCAUUCAAUUUCCAGCAUUGUGGAAUAAAUUUCUUUUCGUUGUAUGUCGAUGGUACUCAAAUCCCUAGCAGACCGUUACAACCCAAAUUCUCUGAUAACGAAGUGCUCUACACCGAGGCGCAUCACACCCUUUUCUCAAGAACGGGUAUUCACUUUUUGAACGAAACUAAUUCUAUAUCCAGAGAAGAUUAUCCUGCUGGUUAUACUCUUUUCGCUUUUGAUCUCACUCCUGAUCUGUCAGCUAAUUGCGCGGGCCAAUGGAACCUUGUGAAACACGGUAGUUUACGAAUGGAAGUACGAUUCGAAAGAGCCCUCACAACAACGGUCAAUUGCUUAGUUUACGCUGAAUUUCAAAGUGUGCUGGAAAUAGAUUCUUCUCGUCAAGUCGUUGUAGAUUAUAGCGGUUAA